AACAGUUUUAAGUACAGCAUUGGGUUAGUGGUCAUCUGGAUAGGUUGGACUCCCAUGUUUCCCAAGUUGUGCGCAAGUAAAACGCUUAAAUAACCACAAGUAAGGAGGAUAGUCUAAUAAAUGAACCCUGUGAAAAAUGGCGGGUGGGCACGUUAACCUAGAGUCCCUUAAGACACUUAAAAACAGCAAAACUACAGAAUCGGAAAUCGGAGCAAGCUGUUUCAAUUCUGAAUUGAAAGAAGCAGUAUUUGGCCACCUUAAGGAAGUCCAAUAAACAUUUCUUGGGCACUGGUGAUCUCCCGUCGUCUCCGGGAUGAGGCGUUUUACCUGUGGUUUCCCAGAGUGGACACAAGUGGCAGUCUAGGCCACUCAAGGGUCAGUUCAGUAAAAAUAACCAUCUGAAACAAAAUAUACAUAAAUCUGUGAUGAAAGCGUGGUCCUGGGAACGUUAGGCCCCAUUACGUAGGUCUCCUCAAACAGAAUUUGCAGUUUUCCCCGACCACCAAGUGAUUUCUUAAUUGGUUUUGAGAUGAAUUGAGCCAGAAUAUUAGUGUUAAAUCCUAGGAUCGCUAUGACAAAGAUUACAGGGGAUUGAAAUGAUGGAUUAGUUAUCCAAUCGGACUCCGUUUUAAUUCACCAAUCAGGUCGUUCACUCUUUAGCCAAUGGUUUCAUUGCGCGGGACUUUUGAAAAACGCGAGACCAAUCGGAAUGUUUCUGAGUAUAUAUAAGGGCAACGCCUUUGGUCUUGCUUGUCAGUUUGGCUUAUUUCCUCACUUCCUCUGAAAUGGCUCGCACGAAGCAGACGGCGCGCAAGUCGACGGGCGGCAAGGCCCCGCGCAAGCAGCUGGCCACCAAGGCGGCCCGCAAGAGCGCGCCGGCCACCGGCGGCGUCAAGAAGCCGCACCGCUACCGGCCCGGCACGGUGGCCCUGCGCGAGAUCCGCCGCUACCAGAAGUCCACCGAGCUGCUGAUCCGCAAGCUGCCGUUCCAGCGGCUGGUGCGCGAGAUCGCGCAGGACUUCAAGACCGACCUGCGCUUCCAGAGCUCGGCCGUGAUGGCGCUGCAGGAGGCGUGCGAGGCCUACCUGGUGGGGCUCUUCGAGGACACCAACCUGUGCGCCAUCCACGCCAAGCGCGUCACCAUCAUGCCCAAGGACAUCCAGCUGGCGCGCCGCAUCCGCGGGGAGCGGGCGCGCGACGCCUCGCCCGCGAUGCGCUCGAAGAUGUCGUUCACGAACGAGUUCAUGAUGCCCAUGGCCUUGGACGAGAUGCCGCUCUCCUUGCGGCUGCGCUUGCGCUUCUUGCCGUCCUUCUUCUGCGCCUUGGUCACCGCCUUCUUGGAGCCCUUCUUCGGGGCGGGGGCGGACUUCGCCGGCUCAGGCAUGGCGCACAAACUCCUGGUAGCCAAUCAGAAGGCCCAUCAGGUUACUCAAUUCACGGCGCGGAAUUUGAAGAUUCGGACCAAUCAGGAGGACGUUGCCUUUAUAAAUAAGAGCCAGCGCAAAAGGACUUUCAGUUGGGCGUCUGGUGUGCAUUUUCCCGUUAUGGCUCGCACGAAGCAGACGGCGCGCAAGUCGACGGGCGGCAAGGCCCCGCGCAAGCAGCUGGCCACCAAGGCGGCCCGCAAGAGCGCGCCGGCCACCGGCGGCGUCAAGAAGCCGCACCGCUACCGGCCCGGCACGGUGGCCCUGCGCGAGAUCCGCCGCUACCAGAAGUCCACCGAGCUGCUGAUCCGCAAGCUGCCGUUCCAGCGGCUGGUGCGCGAGAUCGCGCAGGACUUCAAGACCGACCUGCGCUUCCAGAGCUCGGCCGUGAUGGCGCUGCAGGAGGCGUGCGAGGCCUACCUGGUGGGGCUCUUCGAGGACACCAACCUGUGCGCCAUCCACGCCAAGCGCGUCACCAUCAUGCCCAAGGACAUCCAGCUGGCGCGCCGCAUCCGCGGGGAGCGGGCCUAAACUCUUAACGAAGGAUCGCCGACCUUAAACCCAAAGGCUCUUUUCAGAGCCACC